AUGGCCAGUCCAAAGGAUCAUCUGCCAGGUCCCAUCUCCGAUGAUGCCAUCAGCCAGCUUCUCCUCUCGAUAGGCCUACCUGAGGCCGUCAGUAUCACUUCACCAAAAGUCACCGCCGAGUACCACACCAUCUACAUGAUAACCAUACCUCAGAACGCGAAGACCUUGCACAAAAAGCUGGUACUUCGCGCCUCUGGACAGCAUCUUCCCAGGAUCAAAACAGAAAACGAAGUCGCUGUCAUGACCUGGGUCAAACAAAACACGAACAUACCAAUACCAGAUCUUGUGGCUUACGAUAGCAGUACUAUCAAUGCUAUAGACAACGAGUACACACUUAUAUCCUUGGUUGAAGGCACCACACUGAGCGGAAAGCACCAAUUCCCGACAGAGAUCCAAAAGAAUCUGAUCUUGGACCAAUUGGCUGACUACCUGAAUCAGUUGCAUGUCCAUCCAUGGGAUGCUAUCGGUGGUCUCCGUAUCAAUGAGGCUGGAGCUGUCGUCGUGGAUCGAACAGUAGACGAAACCUUCUGGCAAGCCCCCGAAGUGAAGAAGCUGUGGCCGGCGGGAGAAUCAGUCGACAGUCUGAACAUUGGCGGACCAUACUCUACAUAUGUGGAUUUAGUGUCCGCGCAAAUCAAGACAUACAUCCACCUGAUAAACAUCCACGAAAGCCUUACCUUCAUGCGCGAUGCGAUCCCUCGCCUCGAGGCCUUCGUCAAGGCUCUGCCAGAGCACGCCGAACAACUAAAUGACGUGAAAUUGCGCCUCGCACACAAAGACCUGCAUUUCGCGAACAUACUUUACGACCCUGAUUCCGGAAAGAUCACCGCAAUUCUAGACUGGGAGUUCUCUGGCGUCGUGCCAUUCCCAUCGUGGAACCCGCGUCGCUCUUUCCUCUGGAACGCGAGCGAUGACGAAAGCUCUCUGGCGGCAAAGGAACAGCUUUUUAAGCUGUUCGAAGAGCGAUGUAAGGAUCGUGGUUUCCAGAUGUUGGAAGAUGCUCGGUACACCUCAUCGCUGCAGGAGAGUAUGCAGAAGGUCGUGGAUUUUCUACGCGCAAUCACGGAGGUUGCGCCAAGGGGUCAAAAGGAAGAUUUUGUGAACGGCUGGAAGAAGAUGGUUCUUCGCAACAUCAAAAAGUUCGGGUGCUGA